GCCAUUUCUAAUUUGGAAAGAAAGGAUUUACGUCAGGUGGUGAAGAGAAUGGAAACGUAGCGAAGACUGUAAAUAGUUCAUAUUUGUUACAUUUUUAAGGAAAGAGCGCAUCUCAUAGAGCCUUCCUAUAGUAGCAAAAAUGUCGUCAGGCCCGUCCGUUCGAGCUCUACAAGGCGAACUCAAGAAAAUUCACCAAGAUCCUAUUGAAGGAGUUGUUAUAAAUCUGGUCGACGAAAGCAAUUUUUUCGAAUGGGACGUUGGAGUUUUCGGUGCACCAGGGACUCUUUAUGAAGGGGGAUACUUUAAGGCACAUCUUUCGUUCCCACAAGAUUACCCAUAUUCACCACCGAACUUUCGUUUCUUGACAAAGAUGUGGCACCCGAAUAUUUAUGAGUCCGGCGAGGUUUGCAUAUCAAUACUGCACCCGCCGAUAGAUGAUCCACAAAGCGGAGAAUUACCACAAGAAAGGUGGAAUCCAACUCAGAAUGUCAGGACAAUACUACUUAGUGUUAUAUCAUUGCUGAAUGAGCCAAAUACAUUUUCACCUGCAAAUGUUGAUGCAUCAGUGAUGUUUAGGAGAUGGAGAGAAUCUAAAGGAAAGGAUAAAGAAUAUGAACAAAUAAUAAAGAAACAGGUCAGUAAAAGCAGGACAGAUGCAGAAAAAGAAGGCAUCGUUAUUCCAACAACAGUUGAAGAGUACUGCAUCAAAUCAAAGCCAGAAAGCCAGUCAUCCGAGAACUUUAUGGACCUUACUGAUGACUGGUACGAAGACUUUGACGCCUAUGACGACGAUAACGACGAGGAGUGUUUUGAUAACAGUGAUGAUUCAGGAAACGAAGACUCGUAAUGAAAAUCACAAGUAGGCCGCAUUUUCACAUCACGAAAGCCAUGUCACUUGAGAUUUGUGAACAUGUGCAGCUAAGAUAACACCAGCACUCUGCCUAGUAACAUAAUCAAAAGAGUUUAUUGUAACAUUUGUAUAGUUGUUGAUUAAUAAAAAACCGGCAAUGUAGAAAAUAUGUAUGUUCUUGUUAGCGGGUGGUCAGUGCAAAGCGUGUUACAGUUUGUAGCUGAAACGGCUCUGUUUGGUUUGCAGGCAGCAGUGACUAGAUCCAAGUCUCCUGGUAAUUUUAAAACCCAAACGCAAUUACCUCUUUUACACCUGAAUUAUCUUGCCCUUGGUCUUUUUUGGGCUCCGCAAAAUUUCUAAGUUAACGAAUUCGCAUACGCUACGCGGCCCAGCUUAGAACCUCCCGUUCUAGGUUGACCAGCAGUAAAUUGAUGACUAUAUCCGCAGAUCUCACGUUUUCUUUGUAAGGCACGAAAGAAGAACAACUAAAAUGUAGGACAGGAGUUUUUUCAGGACUAUCGCCUUUUGUUUUAAUGUUUUCAUAACAGAUGGAAAUUCUUAAUUUCCACGUAGUGUAUGCUCCCCUACCUUCCGAGACUUAGACUUUCCCACAAUACAGCAAAGGUUAUUUUCAAAAUCCAUCAAAAAACAUCUAGUACUACCUUUUAUCAUAAAUUUCCUGAUUCCCUUUUUGCUCACCAACCUUAUUCUUUAUGAUUAGAGUUUACUUAAUUAAUAGACUCGCAAAACCUCCCAUCAUGAAACUUAACCAAAGAUCGAUGAAAAGCAUUUGAAUACGAACAUGGGGAAUUGAAAUCUACAGUAACUCCCAUUUAGGCCGCAUUGACCCUCCGUUUUAUUGCAUGUAUAUUCAUAUGUUGAUUACCUUCUUAAUACAGACGCCGCCAAAUGCUGGGGUUUCUGGUCAGAGAUUUGGGAACUGGGAGGGAGACCUAGGGACAUAUGCUCUUAAAUGCAUGAAAAGUAUUUCUGUUUUAUCCCCAUGGCAGAGUGCCUAUUCAAAGCUUUGUAUCCCUCAGAAUUUUUGGCAGCUCUGAUUUGUGCCGCUGCCAUACUUCUGUGUUAUUUGUUGCUUUUCACAGCGCAAAAAUAAUUCCAGUAACAUGGCGUGUUUUGGAUAGAUAGGAUUGUUGAUAACAUGCUGUUGUUGUUGUCAUUGUUGUUGUUGUUGUUGUUAGCAUACUGUUUGUAUUUUUUGGCGCGAAUAACCUUACUGCAUUAUACAUAUUUCAUUAAUUA